AUGGAAGACAAUGAAACAUUACAAAUAACAAUUGACACAUUUAAAAAUUCUCCAAAGCGAAAUUUAGAGAACACAUUAUUCUAUAUAAAAAAAUUAAUCGGAUCGUCAACGAAUGAAGGUGGCAAAAUCCAACUUCAACCAAGUAAAUCAGCGACAGCAUUUAUUGUUUCGUUAAAUGAAACAUUUGAUUGGAAUAUAAAUGAGGGAAAUUAUUGUCAAAUUAUAUGUUUAACAUUAAAAUCAGAAAUCAUUGCUGAUGUUAUUCUAUGGUUUGAUCAUCUCUGGUCUCGUAUUGCUGAUCCUAAUCAAUAUAGAAAAGUACAAUGGGCAUCAUCUAUUAGUAUUAGUUUGCUCCUUGAGGGAGAAUAUAAUUUCAAAUUCAGACUUCAACGAAUUGGAAAUUCAAUAUCUUUUAAAUUUCGUAAAAAAACAAGUCCACAAAUUAUUCAAGGUCAUUUAAUGAAACUAAAACAAUUUAAUCAUCCAGUGCAUUGCGCUUUGUGUGAUGGAUUUAUGUGGGGUUUAUAUUAUCAAGGUUUUCAAUGCUCUCAUUGCUCUCUUGUGACACAUAAAAAAUGUUGUCACGAUAUUUCAUUUUGGUGUAAAAAAUCGAUGUUUCCAGAACCUCCUAGUAUAGAUCCUCAAUCGACAGAUGAUAAUUCACAUACAUUCGAAUCGUAUGAAGCAAUAUUUGCUAUCUCACUAAUUACUGGCAAUCAUAGUCAUUGUAAUCAUUGUGGUUCGCAAAUAUUUCGAAAUGCUCUCCAAUGCACAAAAUGCCAUUUUCUAAUACACCACUACUGUGAAUCAAAUGUUCCAGAAUUGUGUCUAAAGUCAAAUGAUCAGCCAUCUCGUAUUUCAUCAAUCGAGCCUCCCAUCCUAACCAAAGAUCGUUCUCCACUAAGCAUUCCAAGCAAACCUACACAACUUUCAACAACGUCCUCAACUAAUUUUCCGACAUUUGAUCCGCUGCCAGGAUUUCCAUUAGAAAACCAGCGAAGAAUAUCUUUACCUAAAUUUAGUGAUUUUGAAUAUGUUGGUCGUCUUGGCAGUGGUGGUUAUGCUCAAGUCUAUUGUGUUCAACAUAUUUUAUCAAAACAAUACUUCGCUAUUAAAGUAGUUGAUGGAAAAAAGGCAGAAGCACGACAACAAUUAGAAAUUGAAAAACAAAUUUUAUUUCGUUAUAGCUAUGGAAAUUCCUACAUGGUUAAAGCUUAUUGUGCAUUUCAUCAAGGAAGUAAUCUAUUUCUGGUUAUGGAACUUGUGCAAGGUGGAACUUUAUCUCAUAAAAUUCAAACUAAACGAAUGAAUGAGGAUGAAAUACGAUUUUAUGUAGCACAAAUCAUUUGCGUUUUACAAUAUUUACAUUCGAAAAAUAUUGUUUAUCGAGAUCUAAAACUAGAACAUGUCAUUGUUAACUCAACAGGUUCUAUACGUUUAAUUGAUUAUGGACUUGGACGACUAUUAAAAACUCAUGAUGAUACUUGUCAUACAUUUUGUGGUACUUACAGUUAUAUGGCUCCUGAAAUUAGACGUUUGAAAACAGGUACAUUAAAUGACAGUUAUAGCUAUCCAGUUGAUUUUUGGGCACUCGGAGUCAUGUUUAUACAAAUGUUACAUAGUGAACAAAUUGAUGUUCAUUCUCAAUUACUUGAAAAUAACGACGAAGAAACAAAUGAACCAGAAAGUGUAGCACGAAUUUUACGAUUGCCUUCUCAUACGAGUGCCGAAGCUCGUGCGUGCGUUUCUGGUUUACUAGAAACCAAUCCUGAAAAGCGUUUAGGCUCACCUAAUUCGCCACAUGGUUCAAUCCGUGAGCACCCAUUUUUUAAAAUAGGUCAUCAAAUUAAUUGGCAAGAAAUUGAGUCCGAUUCAUUCAAGCCAGUUCAUCACGCUUCAACAGUAAGUAAAAAGAAAUUUUAUUGUUAUUGA